AUAUGAAGGUCACCGUGGUAAGUGUCAUUGAAGUUUGAAUUUAUGAAAUUCUUCGGUUGACUAUACAAGCUGAAUGCCCUUUUUGUCUGUCAAAGAAUACCUGUCAUUGUUUGGGUUGUGGAAUUGAUGAGAAGUGAUUCUGUAAUCUGGUGCAGAGUGUUAAUAUCUUUCUUCAUCUGUUUUGGUGUGUGCGAUGGUCUGGAUUGAUGUAGGAUGCAGAGAUCACGUAGAGUUCUUCUCCAAAGGAGAGCUUUGGCAGAGGCUAUCACUGGAAGGCAUCGCUUAUUCAAGGCUUCACUGUCUUUGGUUUUUAUUCUGCAGGGGCUUCUUUUCCUCCUGUGUUCGUGGAUUAGUCGUAGUGGUGGUUGUGGAGAUGGAUCUACAGCACUUGGCUCCUCAACUUGGGAUGAAACUAAGAUGGCAAAUAUGGGACAUUCUGAGCUUCCAGAUAAAAGUCUACCCAUGGAAGCUCCCCAUUUUUGUUCUUUUGAUGGUUUACACAAAAAUGGUGCUGAGAUUAGAGGCCUCAAUAAUGAAGUGUACACAAGUGAAGAAAAUACAAAGUCUGAUUCCUCCUCGGAGCAACCUGGCAUGGAUAAAUCCAGUUUAAGUGUAAAAUUUGAAAACAUACCUCCUAACUCUAAUCGACUGUCUCAUUCUGUGCCACUUGGCCUUGAUGAAUUCAAGGGUAGAGCAUUCACUUCUAGAAGUAAAUCUGGAACUGGUCAGACUGGAGGAGUGAUUCAUAGAGUGGAGCCUGGGGGUAAGGAGUAUAAUUAUGCUUCAGAUUCAAAAGGAGCAAAGGUCCUAGCAUAUAACAAGGAAGCAAAGGGUGCCUCCAAUAUCCUAGGUGGAGACAAGGACAAAUACCUGCGGAAUCCAUGUUCUGCAGAAGAGAAAUUUGUUGUUAUAGAGCUUUCAGAGGAAACUUUAGUAAACACUAUCGAAAUAGCUAACUUUGAACACCACUCUUCCAAUUUGAAAGAUUUUGAGCUGUUUGGAAGUUUAGUUUAUCCAGCGGAUGAAUGGACUAAGAUUGGGAAUUUUACUGCUUCCAAUGUGAAACUUAGUCAGAGGUUUGAUCUUCUGGAGCCAAAGUGGGUAAGAUAUCUAAAGUUAAAUCUUCGUAGCCAUUAUGGUUCAGAAUUUUACUGUACACUGAGUGUUCUUGAAGUGUAUGGGGUGGAUGCAGUUGAGAGAAUGCUGGAAGAUUUAAUCUCUGUUCAGGAUAAUUUAUUUAUUCAGGAGGAAAGAACUGGUGACCCAAAACAAAUAUCUUUGCAGCAAGAAUCUAUUCGAGGUGAUGAUCUUCAUCAAAAUUCAAAAAUGAAAAUAGGGCCUGAGUCUUUAGGGGAAAACUUAAAUGCACAACGUGACCACACAAGUACAAGCAUGUCUGAUUCAGUUGAAGAAAUUCGUCAUCAACAAGUGGGUCGGAUGCCUGGAGACACUGUUCUUAAAAUACUGAUGCAGAAAGUUCGUUCCCUGGACUUAAGCUUAUCAGUCUUGGAGCGCUACCUGGAAGAGUUAAAUUCCAAAUAUGGCAAAAUCUUGAAAGAAUUUGACAAAGAUAUGGAUAAGAUGGAUAGAGUUUUGGAGAAGAUUAGAUCAGACAUAAAGUAUCUCCUGAACAGCAGGGAUACCAUUGCUAAAGAUGUUAGGGAGCUUGUCUCCUGGAAAUCUCUUGUUUCUGCACAGUUGGAUACAUUACUCAGAGAUAAUGCUGAUCUCAGGUCAAAGGUGGAAGAGGUACAGGAGAAGCAAAUGACAAUGGAGAACAAGGGUAUCAUAGUAUUUCUUGUAUGCUUAAUUUUUGGAUUCUUGGCUCUUAUGAGACUAUUGGUAGAUAUGUUGUUGAAUAUUUACGAGAUACUGUGCGAUCAGAGAACAGAGAAAUCCAGGAAAUUUUGUUACAUGAGCUCUUCCUGGUCCUGGCUCUUGUUACUGUGCAGUUGUUGCCUUAUCAUUUUAGUGCUUUCGUUUUAAUCGUGCUUUUCUUAGAUGCAUUUACAUCCUGAAUUUCUGUCCUAAUUUUUUCUGGGUUUGGAAAUUAUGCGAAUAUAUUUUUUUGGUAUAU